UCACCGGUUUGUUAAGUCGAAGGCAAACCGGAAGCCAGCUUCUGCUCGUCGCGGUGUGUUCGGACGGACGCAGUUUUUAUCAUCUUUUUCAAGCUUCACCUGUUUUUCAAACCCGCGCUUUUCAAAGCCUGUUGACUGAUCUCAGAGAGAAUGACUGACCGAUACAAUAUCCACAGUCAGCUGGAGCAUCUCCAGUCCAAGUACAUCGGAACAGGGCAUGCUGACACUACCAAAUGGGAAUGGCUGGUGAACCAGCACCGUGACUCUUAUUGCUCCUACAUGGGUCAUUUUGACCUGCUCAACUACUUUUCCAUCGCUGAAAAUGAAAGCAAAGCUCGUGUUCGCUUCAACUUGAUGGAGAAGAUGCUUCAGCCAUGUGGACCACCUGCAGACAAACCCGAUGAUGCAUAAAACACAGCCCAACCAACUGCUGCAGCUUUUUUUCCCUCUUACCUUUUCUUUUUUUCAGUUUUGGACGGUUGUUUGUUUCUAACCUUGAGGUCAGAGCAGCCAGUAAAAUCUGGUAUUCAUGUGUUCACUGAAGCUAUUCUCACUUGUUUGAUCGGUGAAUACAUUAACUGUAGUGCUUUCAGGAAACGAAUGAGAAUGACGACACCUGAACUUAUCCAUUUCAGAAAAUGUUAAAAAUGUCCAAUAUGUGCACAAUGUUGAACUGUUGUAUUUCUAAUGAAAACAUUAUUUUUCCUUUGGUUAAGCUCUUUCACUGAUCAUUUUAUUCUGGAAAUAUGUCAGUUUUCUAAAACGCAUUUAAAAAAGUGAGAACGUUUAAAUGAAUAAAUCAUCCAAACAAGACGUUUUAUUGUAAAAAGAAAAAGACCAAAGUCAUCCUUAGGACUUUGUUGAAGGAGCAGCAAUGGCUAUAGCAGUGGUUUUGUUUUUGCUUAAAAUAUAUGAUUUUGUUUUUUACUUUUUACAAAUGCCUUCAAAAAUAAUGCAUCUUUAGAUUGAAUAUUUGCCAAUUGUGUUUACCUAUAAUAAACGUCUUAGUUACAAGUA